AGAAAGCUGCGCAGUUGUCUUCUCGCUCAUUAAGGAGACAAAUGUUUUGAUGGAACCCAGGGACUAGCAAAGCUCAAUCUUUUGGCAAAACAACACGUGGAAGUGUCGCAGCAUGAGUUAGAGAAUGCAGUCGAUGCUGUUUUGUAUAGAACACUAGUCUGAGACGUAUUUAACGUGUGUAAAGACACUCAGUAUUCUGAUAACGUUUCCAGUGGCGGCCUUGCUAACGUUGGCUAGUUAAUCAGCUCACUCGAGCUUUUUCCUCCAGAAACCGCCGCUGUCUGUUGCUGAGACGAGAGUGAGUUUAAAACUGUCCUCCUUUUAACGGAAGUCGGCUAAUCGAAAACUCGGUCUGAGUUCGACCCAUUGUCCCUAACUCUCGGAGAAGUGGUCAUCCAUGUCCACCCGUUUCUGCAAAUCAUUGUUCUUCUGUAACAUCAGCAAACAUGUCUUUGGUGGCCUAUGGCAGUAGUGAUGACAGUGACUCAGAAGAAACCUCUGCCUCAGCAGUGAGCAAACCAAGUGGAGGGCUCUUCUCUCGCCUCCCUGCUCCUAAAACAGGUGGGUCUGCUGGAGGGAGCGCGGGGUCAGGUAGUCAGAAGAGGACAAACUCUUCAGUAGGGAACAUCACCUCAAGAGAUGACCUAGAUUCUCAGCCAUCAAAAGCAGACUUGUUAUCCAGUCUUCCUAAACCAAGGAAACGAACAGAGCCUGUGAAGAUAAGUGUGCCGCAGGUCCAGAGACCGGAUUCAGAUUCAGAUGAUGAUGAGCCUGUGAAGAAGAAACAACAAGCUCAAGGUUCAGGUUCGGGCCUGUCCUCCAUUCUGCCUCAACCCAAAAACCUGACAGUGAAGGAGAAAGACAGACCUUUAAUUCCUCAUACACUUACAAAGCGGCAGGAACCUAAAGGACCUAAACCUGGAGCUCCUGCUCAGGGUCUGAUUGGCUCUAGUGCAUCUCCCUCUGCUAUCAAGGCUGCAGCGAAGUCAGCAGCACUGCAGGUGGCUAGACAAAUAGCCAUCGACGACCAGGACAACGAAGAGGAAAUAACCCCACAGAACUACUUUUCCUUCGUAGAGAGCCCACAGCCUCUCCCUGAUGUCAUCCCUAGUCUUGAUCCUGAACCAGGAGCUCUGGCUGAACACCUACCGACUGCAGCACCUGAUGAGCCAGGACAGUCAGACGCCCCUCUGGAUUUUGGGGCAAACCAAGAUGGAGCAGGUGCAUGGGGUGAAGGAUAUCAGCAAUAUCAACCCGUGGCAGGCCCGGAGGCUUUCCCUGAGGGAUACUAUAAUGAGCCAUAUUACCAAGAUCCUAACCAUGGAGUCGGAGAGGCAGAGGAGCCUGGCCAAUCUGCCAUGUUCGAUGAUGAAGGGUUCAUGCGACUGCAGGGGAAAAGAAAUCGAGGAAAGGAGGAGGUGAAGUUUCUUGAGAUCAAAGGGGACGACCAGCUGAGUGGGAAUCAGCAAUGGAUGACCAAGAACAUGACUGAAGAAAAGCAGACCCGCCAGUCUUUUAGCAAGAGGAGAGGAGAACAGCCUACAGGGCAACAGAGGCGAAAGCAUCAGAUAACAUAUCUCAUUCACCAGGCAAAAGAACGUGAACUGGAGCUGAAGAACAGCUGGGCAGAAAACAAGCUAACCCGUCGGCAGACCCAGGCCAAAUAUGGAUUUUGAAUGCCAUAACUGUGGAUUCUGGUGGGACAUAGGAGCACCAUAUCUGAAAUUAUUGUAGGGAUUUUCAAACACACUUAAAAGGAAAUGCUGUGUUUAGGAGCAACAAGUAUACAAACCUUAUCUUAUCUUUAUCUCCGCCUGCCCUCCAGCUGAACUAUUCAGUGGUUCCUUUGGUCAGUUGUUUUUGGAGCUGUUAAUCUGAUGUCUGCGAUCCAGCCCUGGCUACUACUCCUGCAGUCAUAUAAACACUGUAUCCAGAGAAUUUAAGGCAGCACAAGUGGCAGACAUGUUAACGUUGCCAUUCUAAAUGUUUUUCCCUUUAAAUGUGUAAGUAUUCUGUUUAUGGUGUAUUCUGAGCUGUGACUUCCUGUCUGUGCUUCAAAAAUCACUCUGUAAAAACAUUUGGUUUUCUGGAAAUCAGUCAGUGGUUGAAUUUGUUAUAAAAAAGCUGGCAUGUCAAAUAUUUUUGAUAAAUCAGCAACUUUGUAAUGAAACAAAAAAUAAUGUUGCUGAUGCUCAUUAAAUUGUUGCUAAUCUGUUUUUCUAAAUAUUAAGAUCUUAUUUUGAUUUUUUUGUGUUUUUUUCCCCCCGCCCGUAAUCCAGCAGGAGACUAAAUCACCAGAGAACUAAACUUGAACCUGAACAUAAAUGGUUUUCUGUCCAACUGCAUUGGAGACCACACAAUCACCUGGGUUUACCAUUAAAUAGGAAAUGUAGUUUAAGCAGCUACAUCCAUCUUGUGGAGGCUCAUUUCAGGGGGAUAUGUUAUUUUCUGGGAGUGACAGGAAGUUGUUACACUGCAUUUCCUUUGUGCUCCACUUCUUCCAUCAGAUGUGUCUGUUUUAUUACUUGAUGUCUUUAGGGUUAAUACUACAAAUAUAUAUAUAAAAAAGACGACUCACGGUUUGAGCUUCAGCUUCCUUUUCCUGAUGCAGAAUGACUUUCCCAUCCUGCAAAUACAACGCAAAGACAGCUCACUCCUAGUGCUCCACUGCAGCGCUGUGUCGUUUCUAGAUGCAAUAUUUCAUACCUGUGAUCUUACAAAGACCUCCAAAUGCAGGCGGCUUCGCAGACAGAAAUGGGAGUGUUUUGAGUAGACAUUCAUUUUACAUUUUGUUCAGAUAAUCUGCUCGGUUUGUGUCGGCAUUAACACACUGUCACACAUCCUGGAGAUGUUGAAAAGAAACGACUUUGACCUCAGCAGGUGUCAUGUAGUAAGGACUCGUUCGAUUAGAUCCUCGCCCUCCAAAUUCAGAAUGGGUACAUUAAAUGCAAUCGUUUACCUUAAAUAUGUGUGUUGUGCAGUUAGAAAUCAAUAAACAAGUUUUCUUUUUUUUUUUCCAUUUUCCAUCCUGCAUCCAUGGCUCUUAACGGCUGUUGGUCAUCAGUCAUUGAUUGCGUGACAAUCAUGAAGCAUUUGGUCCUGCGGUGUUCCACUUCUCAUACCUUUAACUCAGCUUCAUUUGAUUGAAAACUCUGAAAAAGAGAUUACCGAAAAGCUUCCGUUUUCCACAAGGCCCAGCAGAUGUACUGUUAAAGUUGGAAACUCAAUAUUCCAAACUUCAUCAUAACUGCAUGGGGCCUGUUUUAACUGGAUGAAAUAUAUGUAAUAUUUGUGCGUUGCUUUUUGAAACAAAAAUAUUGGAUAAUAACUCCAGCCAGGACACCUUUUGCUUAAAAUCAGCCCCAUGCCUCUUAUGGCUUAUGAAUGAUAAUAACAAGCAACUAUACUAUGUAAUACUUGGUAUAGACAUGAAUUUGUACAUCUGGCAUCCAUUCCUCACUACAGAAAAACACCAGCGUAUUCUGAUGACUGAUGAACUAUGAAGCCAACAGAAUUUCUACGGUGACAUUUUGAUCAAAUCUUUUGUUCUUAUCUAAAUUCCAUCUCUGUCUUCCUGAGUCAGUUGCCAAUGUGAUGUUGCAGUUAUCCAUGUUUUCUGUUUUUUUUCUUAACUACUGCUGGCUGUAAAUCUCUGAUCUAACUUUAGUGUAUCUGCAGUUGGAUUGUUUUCAUAUUGUAGCCGAAUAAUUUUCAUUGCAAUUCUUUCUUCUUUUUUUUGUAGAUUGAUUAAAAAUAAUGUACUGAUAAACCUGAAACAAUAAACCAGUUUAACAAUUCCUAGAUUAUUCACAAAAGUUCAUAUUUUUCUAUUUUAUGCUCUCGUGAACUGCUAACAGAAACUAUUUCAAAAUGCAUGCCCAAUUAACCUAACAUGCAUG